CAAGCCAGAUUUUGUCCUGGAUCGUUCCCUGCAAGCGUGACCCUGCUCUGGGCAGGGGAGACCAGCCGGCAUGUGGAACGCUGGGCACCCAGGGCCCUGUGUGCCCUCGCAUGCCGGGCCGGAGAGCUGCACCCUUCUGAGCAAUGUAGACGGACACGUUGUCUGGGCUGGGGGUUAGCAGCUGGCGGCCGGGGAGCUGCCUCACUUCAAGCCCCAGCUGAGCUGCUCGGGUGCAAUCGAGGUUUUCUCUGCCCACACGUCGGGGGUUCACCCGUGCAGCUACGCUGGCGAGCGGCUACCACUGAAGAACAGACCAGGCUGAGUUCUGUGAUGAGAAUGAGGCUGCUCUGUUCCGGUGACCACAUUUCCCAAAAGGAAAACGGGUCACCCCCAGCCGCUCGCCCACGCCCCUCCCCUCCUCGCGGGAACCCUGCCUCCCCCCUGCAAAGGUCACCCUAGGUCUGUUCCUCUGUUACAUCUCUCUGACGGCCUGUGACCAGCACCCACCUUGGGGCUCAUCUCCCCGUCCGGUCACUCUUGAGGCUUGCCAAAGUAUCCUGCCCUACUCACCCCGUGAUGCCCUGCAGCUGGGCUGAUUUGGGAUUGUUUUCUGUUGGAGCCGUGGGGAGACAAUGCUCACCCAUGGCCUCUUUGCUCCUUCCUUUCCCUGGGUGGGGGUUGCUUUGUUUGGUGUUGGGAGCUUUGCUUGUAUCAUUUCCUGUGAAAGACACUUUCCCAAGAGCUGGGGCUCUGUGCUUGAGAGGAAGGGUGAGAAAAAGUUUUAUUGUGGAUGUAAAUCAAGCAGGGUUAGAUUAACCCUUGUUUCACCAGCAUGGGCAGUUAUUCCAGACAGUCCAUGUCCCAUCAGAGCUGGGCACGCUCUGAGAGGCCACCAGCAUGCAGGGUAAACCUACAGUUACAGAACUAAAGUCUGGUUACAGAAAUCUAUAUAUCUGUGUUGUAAAGAAAGGCCUUGACUAGCAAGUAGAAGGAAGGCCUUGAAAAUAAGAAGUGCUGAGGCCUGAAGGAAUGAAGUAGGGAGGAUGUCUGGUUCAGAGAAUAACUAAUGAGAUAAGGGGAAGGCCUCUGACUGAGAGGGGUGACUGCAGAUGGUUUUAAAACAAUCAAAGAGAGUCUGUCUUACAGUGAGCUCACACAGCCCGUCCCCAGCCCACACACCAGCGUUAAACGUGGGUGAACCCAGGUGCAAUGGGAAAUGUGUUGGACAGAUAGAAGCAGGGGAGGAAAGGCCUUGGGGAGAAAGGCGGUUGUAAAUCUUGUCUGGAUGAAGACUGGAAAUAAGGGUGAACUGUCUCCAAUUGGUUUUUAGCCUAAGUCAGUGAUUGGCAAUGAUGUCCUUUGUUUGUUAAAGGGGAUAAGAUGUGAACUCUGAAAGGGGUCAUUGCUAAUCCCUGCCUGACCACCUCAGUGGAUCUCAGCUCCCCCGGGUUUAGCCCAUUUGUAAGUACAGUAUCUUGAUCCAAUGCCUAAGCAUGCUUUGUUACUGUUUGGCUGUAGUAAAUUGCUUGUCAGGCUUUUUAGGCAUGUUUAGAGCAAUUGUCUACGUGCCAUUUGGCCUUUGGAGUCAGUACAGGAAUUUAUGGUUAAAUUGGUGGGCUGUGCUUUCCCAUACUAAUGUAAGCAGAGUCAGGAUGAGCUCCACCCUGACAUCUGGUGGUGAGGUGUGGCAAGUUGUGGAAAAGAACUUCAGGGGCUGAUCUCAUUUGCAUAGGCACACCCACCCCGCCUAGAAUGAGGCCAUAACUGCCCAAAUGGUCACUUUGGCUGUUGUGGGAUCUCCAGUGUCUCUGUUAUUGGGGCGGGAAGAAUAAAUUGUUAAUACCCUGAUUAUGGGAACUGUGCUUGGAACUGUACGUGGCCUUUUGUUAUGAUGGAGGGACUCACCAUCAACUGAGUAGCACUCGCUAGGCAAGGGUCAUGGGUUCCAAAACUCUGUGAACUGAGAGAGGCUUGAGACAGGUGUUAGUACCUGGUGGUGUGGGCCCCCUUGUGAGGGCCUGAAGCACCAAUUGCACCUCUGUCUCUCUCCACUGUGGAAUGUCAGAGCUAAUUUUGGGUCUAUUAAGAGUCUUGCUACAGGUACUGUGCUGCAUUCACUUUGGCCUUAGGGUGCACCAGCACUAAGGCUCCCACUAGUAUGAGCUGGAAUCACUGAGUACUGUGUCAAGUAGUGGGGAGCCGGAAGAUCUAGAGUGCAGCGGUGCUGUUUGUGGAUAGGCUGGCGGAGUGUUCGGGAGACGGCGAGGCGAGCUGUGCAGAGCAGAGCAGAGCUGUUCGGGAGACGGCGAGGCGGGCUGUGCAGAGCGGAGCCGGUCGUGAGGGGAGCGGAGCGGAGCGGAGCAGAGCCCUGUGGGGCAGUCGGCUUCAGGUCACCAGGCCACAUAAACAGCACUAGCGAAGUCAGGACAAACUCAACUUUCAUAGCGACACUGACUUGUUUGUACUGCUCUACAGACUGUUCGCUGAAAUCAGCCGGGGCCCUGCCAGCUGGCUGGAUUCCCGGGGCGGGCGUGGCUCCAUCUUGGCUCUGUGCAGCUAGCAGUUGUAUCCUGGUUGCUCUGGAGUGCUUGGCUGGAAGUGGGGGGCCUCCACGCCGGCUGGGAGGCGCCUGGCUGGGGUCUGUGCACAGCAGCGUGGGGCAAAGUCCCCGAUGCAGAGCGGCUCUCUUCUCCCCAAGUCCAGGAAGCCUCUUCCGCUCCCAAGUGUGAAAUCUCCGGGGACUCGGAAUCCAGGGAUCUGCUCCCAACACUCCUGCAAGGUCAGCAGGUCUUCCUGAGCAGAGUGAGCCCAAAGGGCUGGCUGUGACCCCGCAGCGCCGCAACCCCGCUGGGGUGCCUGGGCUGUGCGGCCCCAUGGCCCCGUACCGCAUCCGGCAGUACGAGGACGGUGACUACGAGGCGGUGCGCGCCAUGUUCGCCCGGGGGAUUAUGGAGCACGCACCUGCUGCGUACGUCCACACGCUGACCCGUCCCCAGGCCCAGCUGCUCUUCCUGGCCCUAUUCCUGGUGGUGCUCGCGGCCUCUGGGUCCCUCCUGGUCUCCGUCGUGGCUGUCCUGCUGGCUCUCGCCGGGAGCUGGUUUUUCAUCCGGUCUCUGUGGAACGGUUACAUCCAGCAGUCUCUUCGCAGCGACCUCCUGGACAUCCGAAGAAGCUACCUGGAGCCAGCAAACUCUUGUCUUUGGGUGGCAGAGGCUGAGGGGGCGGUGGUGGGCAUGGUGGGGACCAUCCUGCCAGAGGACCCCUCGGAAAGGGGGUGCGCCCUGGAACUGAAGCGCAUGUCCGUGGGGAGGGAGCACCGGGGCCGGGGCAUCGCGAGGGCACUCUGCAGGACGGUCAUCCGCUUCGCCCAGGAACGCGGGCACAGUGCGGUCGUGCUGUCCACCUCCAUGGUUCAGGACUCGGCCCAGCAGCUGUAUGAGAGCAUGGGCUUCCGGAGGGUCUCAGAGAGGUCCCCAUCCCGCCUCGCCAGCUUCCUGCACUUCUCCGUGUUUUAUUACCGAUACGAGAUUCCUGGCUCUCGCUGAAGGCUCGGGGGUGGCUUGUUAAUUAACUCCCAGCCAGUGGCUACUUUGUUACCUUUUUCGUUGAGAAAUAAACUGAACUUGGAGGAAAAGUCUCACACACAUGACAUGGUUCUUGUGCUGUCUUCGGAUUAUUGUUCUCCCAAGGCCUCCCUCUUUGCCACAGCCACCUGGGUCCCGCUGGAUCUGAGCUUCACCCCUGGAGCUGAGCCGGCCAGGAUCAGCCUCACCCACAUUUGCUCAGAGGUUCCUAGAUGAUCCCUGACCCCUAAAGAACCAGGCGACCCCGGCAAGGAAACCUCUGUGAAGGUUCAUUUGAAUUUUCACCCACUCUUCUUCGACAGGUUCAUGUCUCAUUCCCGUCAUCCACAGAAAUAUCCAAUCCUUGGAUCUUGCCAAUUCCUUGACCCCCCACGACAUCCAGUAGCAGUGAGUUCCACAGACUGGCUGUGUGUUGUGUGGAAAAGGUAAUUUCUUUGCUAGGUGUGAAAGUAGAAUGAAUUAUAUUGAAAGUAUAAUUCAUUAAAGAAAUGCUACUUGAAGGGUUUGUUGAAAUAUAGUUGUCAGGAAGAGAAACAUUAAGGAGUAUGAGACAAUGGGUCCUCAAAUUAACUUAGAACCCCUAAUUAACAUAGAGCUCCUACUGAGCUAGGAGAUUGGUAAACGUUAGUAUGCAAAAAGAAAAGGAGUACUUGUGGCACCUUAGAGACUAACCAAUUUAUUUGAGCAUAAGCUUUCCUGAGUUACAGCUCACUUCAUGUUAGUAUGCAAAUAAGAUAUGUAUGUAUAUUUGUCAGUUUCUGCUUUCUUUUGUCUCUUAUGUUAAAUUGGCUUUGGCUUAGCUGUAUAAAUAAGUUAUCUUGAGCCUCAGAGAGGGGCUCACAUCUGGGUGCAUUAGCAAAGUGCUUUGCUAAUAAACAGAGUGGUCUGACAAAU